AUGGACGCGUCCGACGCAGUCUAUUUACCUUUCUCCAAUGACGGUCAUGACCCACAUAACGGUCCCAAGCAUUGCUCUGUCCGUGGCUGCACCCAAUUCGUUCCCGAUGACUCUCAACACAAGAUGUGCGACACAUGUCGCGGUCGCCAUCGCAUUUACGCGAGCACCAAACGAGCACGGCGAAAGUUAGAGAAAGCAGCAAUCACUGCCCGGAAUGGACAGGAACCUUUGGACGACUCAAACAGUGGUUUAUCCACCCCAGCUGUAAUUGAGUCUACAUGGAUAGCAGACAAUAUGGAUAUUUUUCCUAAGGAACUUCCAAACACCACUUCCCAAUCAACGACGGUUGAUCCAUCUUCGUCUAUUCCUCCCUCAAUUCUGUCUGAGAGUUGGAAUCAAUCAAUUGAUCCACGUUUGUUCUCUGAAGAUUCUUCGCGUCACUUGUCGAUUCACCAGACGAGUUCGAGCUCCGAGUUGGCCAAUGCUCUUACUUUACCGCCACCGCGUCCCUCAAUCCAGGCAGAAUCAGUAACCGAUACAAAUCAUCUACCUGCCGAAGGAGCAGAGAAUAUCACUGAAAAUCAAAGCACUCCAGUUGCAAACGAUGCCACGCCGCAAGAUUCCGUCGAAGGGCUUACAAGACCUUGUUCCGUCCGGGGGUGCAAAUCCAGUCUUCCACUUGCGUACCAGUAUAAAAUGUGCCCACAUUGUCGCACGCGGUAUCGAUUUUAUGGGAAUACCAAAAGAGCCAAAUGGAAAACAGAACGCGAAGCUCUAGAUCGUGAGAUGGCUAGUUUAAGGGACGCGGAAGAUAGAAGAAGAGAGCUCGAGGGCCUCCCGCCUUUGGCCGACAAUCCGGAUGAACUACAUGCUUGGGAGUUAUCAAUAAUCGACGAGCAAGUUCCACAAGUCAACGAUGGCAUCUCUCAUUUGACACCGACAGCAAACACACAGCCAGAGUCAUCAUCUGACUCUGCGUCUGCAAGUUAUACAUCAGCCUUGCCCAUAGCUGGCGUGUACUCAGCGAUGAUUGGUUCCAUUGACACACCCGAUUCUGUCUCGCCGCAUCCACACCUCAAUACUCUUUCAACUAUGGGACAAUUGGGAACACUUCCGGCUCGUAUGUGUACGGUAUCGCAUUGUCACAAGAUUUUGCCGGGCCACUACCGCUACAAACGAUGCGAACAACAUCGUCUUCAAAACCGGCAACAUAGCAAACUCAAGCGGGUGAGAGAGAAGGGCGUCAAUUCCAUAGGUGCUGGUCAAGGUGUAGCAAAUACGGAGGAUAUGGCUGCUACAUCACAAACAGCCAUGGAAGAUGGUACAGUGAAAACUCAGGAGGACAAAGAACAGGCAUCAGCGUCCGUUACAGACGAAAAGAGGAAAGACAAUGCAACCGAAGCAGAUAAGGCUGUUGUCGCUACAGAGGGCCUUGGUUUCGAUGCCACUUCUCACAUCGACAUUAAUCGCAAAGUACCCGAGGCCAAAUCUCGUGCACAGAUGAAUCAGCUUUCAAAAUUCUUAUGUGUAACAGAUGAUUGCCAAAAUCUUCUGUUUCCAGGUGUCCGAUGGCGUACUUGCGAGGAGUGUCGGGAGAUGGAUCGCUUACGCAAACUUGCUGUGAGGCAACAAUUGAAAGCCGCAGAAAAUGCCUACUGGAAGGGAGUGACACAGACGUUGAGUGCGGCCAGAAAGGCGAGUGAAAUGACAGCCCCAUCUGGCAUAGAAAUUCAGGCCACAUCGUCAAGCUCAAAUGAACCACCCGUUGUCGUGAAUCAACUUGAAGAAGAGAACGGAGAUGAUGACGCUGAAGGAGAAUCCGACAUUGGAGAUGAAGAAGAGGAAUCGCCUGUCGUUGGGCUCAAGCUCGUGUAUGAUUCUAAAGCCACUAAUACUCAUGACCCUGCUCCACCCAUGCCAGCACCCGCUUCACCUACAGUUACUGCUCUAACAACUUCUCCGACCGUUCCCAUCACGGCGUCUGUUUCCACGCCUGACUCGACUCAAACUUCAUCCAAAACAUCUAUCUCAACGCCAACAUCAUCUGAUGCCCAGAGCAAUUCUGGUCCAUUUCGACCGUAUUACAGGAAGGAGCGCAUGCAAGUUCAGCCACCCAUGUAUCUUUCACCUAACUUUCAUACCAUUAUCAAACAAAAACAACAAGUUGUACAAGGCGAUAAUGUCACUGCUGUCCAAGGGCAGUUUUCGAAAUUUCGCGUCCAGCUUGUCCCGGAUGCCCCGGCACCUCUGCCAACGCAAACCAUGAUACCUACGUGGGACAUCCAGACUAAGACCCCAGUUCCCAAUGAAGAAGUACACGUUCCUUCGGAUGCACCGCAGGCCGUAACCGAGAAACCUGCUCCAGCUCAGAGCGCUACAGAUAUUUCUAGCGAAGUAGGGGCUGCAGAUGAAGUCGCUAAUGCAACUCCAACAGCCACAGUUCCUACUUCUGCCCCAUUUGUCUACAAGACACCCGCCAGAAAGACCAUCAACGAAGUUACGCCAACCCGUGUAUCUGGGAAAGGCAAGAAAAAAUCGGCCUCUAAGCCAGCAGGACCAAACGCUGGACUUGCAACAGUCGCUACUUCACCCACCUCCGUCUCCACACCUCAUGGAACCAUAGGGGUACUCGGGCUCUCAUCAUCGUAUCCUUAUUAUCCUUAUUACAUGCCGCCGUACUCAUACCCGCAUUUCCCUUCUAUUCCUUUCCCCGCGUCGAACAGUCUACCAAAUCCUCAGCCUCCUAUUGCUUCUUCAUCUACUGCGGCGAUUCCGGGUUCUGCAAAUUUUCUUCCUUACACAUAUUCUCCUCAGGUAUUAGGGCUAGGCCCACUUAUUGGCGGAUAUCCAUAUCUUCCACCUCGGUAUACGUUAACGGGACAGAACCCCAUAUCCGGGCAACAACCCCAUGUAACACUCCCACCAUCCUCGCUGGCCUUCAAAGGUUAUCCUAUCAUUAUUCCUCCCCCAGGCAUCCAAUUGUCUGCUCCGCCCCCGACAACAUCUGUAGUGGCAACUGAAACAACUGUACCUACCCCUCACGAUUCUCAAAAAGAGACACCUUCCUCCAAAUCUGCAACGCCAACACCUGAAGCAGAAGUAGUCGAGCUUACGUACCACAACCUUGGAACAGAGUCAUUUUCUGAGACGAUGGAUAAACCCACUAGAAAAAGGCGCAAGGUAGUCCCUGAUUAUCUUGAGAAGCAUAAAGCUAUACAAGCUGAGAAAACUGCCAUGCUGGGGAUGACGGGCGCUCCAAAGAAUUUGGAUUCUUCUGUCACGCCAAUGAUGUCACCCGAAGAUGAAUUAGAGAGUUUACAGGAGGACAUAAAUCAUACUACACAAUCGGAUUCGGGACCAGCGGUUGACCACACAGAUACUAUUAAAGUGCCUUCAGCGACCAUGCGCGACGAGAACGUGUCGGCGUACCCUCCCCUCAGAAAUGCCCGGGAAACUUUGUAA